AUGAAGAGAAACCCAACUGUCAGCUCCUCCCGCAGAAAGUCCAGAAAGGCCCACUUCACCGCCUCCUCUGGCGAGAGAAGAAUUCGCAUGAGCGCUCCAUUGUCGAAGGAACUCCGUACCAAGUACAACGUCAGAUCUGUCCCAAUCAGAAAGGACGAUGAGGUCCGUGUUGUCUCUGGUGACCACAAGGAUCACUCCGGAAAGGUCGUUGCCUGCUACAGAAAGAAAUACGUCAUCCACAUUGACAAGCUCACUGUCACCAAGGCCAACGGAAACUCUGUCCCAGUUGGUGUCGAUGCUUCAAAGGUUGUCAUCACCACUUUGAAGUUGGACAAGGACCGUAAGAACUUGUUGGAGCGCAAGAACCGUUCCAAGGAGUCCGACAAGGGAAAGAUCAGCAAGAGCGAGGUUAACUCCGCUGAUGUCAACUAA